CGACGUUGAGUGCCGUGAACACUGACAGUGUGUUCACUUUUAUUAGAAAUACUGAAUCAAAUAUAUUUUUGAUUAGCAACAUAAACUUAUUCAGAAUGAUCCAAACAUUUCCAAACCACGUUCUUUAUUACGUCACCAGCGCCGCCUCUGAUUGGCUGCUGAUGUAGAGGCGGAAGUACAGCAUUAUCCACACAGAGAGCUCUUUUCCCUUCGCUUCGGACUUUAACAUCUCUGUUCAGAGCCAGAGAAACGCUUAAAACGGUGUGUGAUGUCAGCUGACAGCAGCAGAUGUAGCUGACGUCCUUCUGUGACCGCGGUCAUGGCGGAGGUUUCGUCGCUGAGCGGUGGAGCUCUGAUGCACCGUGGGCCCUACAUCAGCGUGAUCACCAACCGGACCAUGAACCUGCUGAUCCGUGCUGCCAUGCUCUUCAUGGUGGGCGUGUUCCUAGCGCUCGUGCUGAACCUGCUCCAGGUGCAGCGUAACGUCACUCUCUUCCCUCCAGACGUCAUCAGCAGUGUUUUCUCAUCCGCCUGGUGGGUUCCUCCCUGCUGUGGAACAGCCGCAGCGUUGAUCGGUUUGCUGUAUCCCUGUAUGGAUCGUCGUCUGGGGGAGCCGCAUCAGCUCAAGAGAGAGUGGUCUAAUGUGAUGCGCUGUGUGGCCGUCUUUGUGGGCAUUAAUCACGCCAGUGCUAAGGUGGACUUUGCGAAUAAUGUGCAGCUGUCGUUGACGCUGGGCGCCCUGUCUGUCGGCCUGUGGUGGACGUUCGAUCGUUCACGCAGUGGUUUUGGGCUGGGGGUCAUCAUUGCACUACUUGCUACCCUUGCCACCCAGCUGCUGGUUUACAACGGAGUCUUUCAAUAUACCUCCCCUGACUUCCUGUACAUUCGGUCCUGGCUGCCAUGUAUCUUCUUCGCCGGGGUCAUAACCGUGGGGAAUAUUGGACGACAGCUAGCUCUGUACGAGUACAAAGUCAGUCAAGAAAAGCCCCACCAGGAUUAAGGAGGAAUCCUCCGCACACAAGGAAAAAUCCAGGAUUCUGUGUUUGAGGACGGACAGUGUUAUGGUUUAUACCUCCAGACCUGUUUUCUGCCUCCUCAGACGCUCAGGAUCUCGUAGUGUGUGUAACAGUAAGAUAUGAUGCUGUUUACACACUCUCAUACUGUCUUCGGCAGCGCUGAGAUGCUAGCAGCUGCUGUGAAGUGCCAAACUGAAUCUGACUGAUCAAACCGAAGGACUGGAGGCAAAGCCUGGUGUGUAAAAAAAUAUUUACAUGCAUUUCAUGCACAGACACAAAACUCAAUAGCAAGACGUUUUCUAAAUGUUGUGGCCUGUUGUGGUCUCUAUCCUCUGUGACGGGUGGAGGAGAGUCCUCUGGACAAAGCACCAUCAUCUGAUCUCAUUCACCAUACAGAAAAAUCACUGCUCUUUAGAAGUAAGGAGAGUAAUAUAGAGUAUUAUGAAUCUGCUAUGUAUCAGUUCACUUCUGCUGUGUCUCAGAUCCACCACUAGUGGGCGUCAGAGGAUAACUGACCCGUCACCCGGUGUUUGUAGAUGCAGUGCUAAACACAAAAGACAAAGCUAACAGACUAACCAGUGUGCUGUGUUCAUUAGUUGGGAGGGGAACUUCUGUUCAACAAGGUGUUGGUUACUGCUUGAAUGUUUUAUUGUAUUGCAUUCCUUGUUAUAGCAGGACUCCGUUUCCCAAAAGCAUGGUAAGCUUAAGUUGAUCAUAGCUCCAUUGGUUUGAAGGGGUCUAUGAUGUACUUAAGCUUACCAUGCUUUUGGGAAACGCAGCCCUGAUCAUUCCUUGCUAGACCCGAAGAGCUCAUCAGUUUUGACUGAGUGAAGCAUUCCUUAGCUCCAAAAAAAUCUCUUAGUUUCAGAAUAAAAUUACAAUGCUUCUUAAUGACAUUCCAUUGAUCAUUACCAAAGCCUUAAAAUAACCUUAAGAUAACGCAUAGAUUGGAGCUCAAAGUAAAGAGGCAAACCACCAUCUGUGCACUCAUUUUGAAAAAAUCAAGGGAGGUUUUUUUAUUCUUACUAUUUUUUUUUUUAUCUUGGCUCUUUAUUGGGAGGAUAUUUUUAUGAAAUACUGAGUAGAAUCCAAAAUAAGUGGAGAUCAGUGUGUUUUAAGUGUUACAAUGAGACUUGACAACUUAAACAAUCGUAGACUUGCAAGAGUAAUUGUACAAUUUGUAUGUGACCGUCUGAAAGCGAGCAUGCUGGGAUGUUUUCUCAUGCAUGGGUGUUUACUUGAUGCACGGUUUGUAUUUAACCACAUUUACUGUAUUUUGAAGUUACAUGUUUGUUAUAGUUACAUCUGCAUUAUUAAAUAUACUUUCUUUGAGUUUA